AUGGCCAUUCCCGGCAUCCCCUAUGAGCGGCGGCUUCUCAUCAUGGCGGACCCUAGAGAUAAGGCGCUCCAGGACUACCGCAAGAAGCUGCUGGAGCACAAGGAGAUCGACGGCCGUCUCAAGGAGUUAAGGGAACAAUUGAAAGAACUUACCAAGCAGUAUGAAAAGUCUGAGAAUGAUUUGAAGGCCCUACAAAGUGUUGGACAGAUUGUGGGUGAAGUACUGAAGCAAUUAACUGAAGAAAAAUUCAUUGUGAAAGCUACAAAUGGACCAAGAUAUGUUGUGGGUUGUCGUCGACAGCUUGACAAAAGUAAGCUGAAGCCAGGAACAAGAGUUGCUUUGGAUAUGACUACACUAACUAUCAUGAGAUAUUUGCCAAGAGAGGUGGAUCCACUGGUUUAUAACAUGUCUCAUGAGGACCCUGGGAAUGUUUCUUAUUCUGAGAUUGGAGGGCUAUCAGAACAGAUUCGGGAAUUAAGAGAGGUGAUAGAAUUACCUCUUACAAACCCAGAAUUAUUCCAGCGUGUAGGAAUAAUACCUCCAAAAGGCUGUUUGUUAUAUGGACCACCAGGUACAGGAAAGACGCUCUUGGCACGAGCUGUUGCUAGCCAACUGGACUGCAAUUUCUUAAAGGUUGUAUCUAGUUCUAUUGUAGACAAGUACAUUGGUGAAAGUGCUCGUUUGAUCAGAGAAAUGUUUAAUUAUGCCAGAGACCAUCAGCCAUGCAUCAUUUUUAUGGAUGAAAUAGAUGCUAUUGGUGGUCGUCGGUUUUCUGAGGGUACUUCGGCUGAUAGAGAGAUUCAGAGAACUUUAAUGGAGUUGCUGAAUCAAAUGGAUGGAUUUGAUACUCUACAUAGAGUUAAAAUGAUCAUGGCUACAAACCGUCCAGAUACACUGGAUCCUGCUUUGCUUCGUCCAGGAAGAUUAGAUAGGAAAAUACAUAUUGAUUUGCCAAACGAGCAAGCAAGAUUAGAUAUAUUGAAAAUCCAUGCAGGUCCCAUUACAAAGCAUGGUGAAAUAGAUUAUGAAGCAAUUGUGAAGCUUUCAGAUGGCUUUAAUGGAGCAGACCUGAGAAAUGUUUGUACUGAAGCAGGCAUGUUUGCAAUUCGUGCUGAUCAUGAUUUUGUAGUACAGGAAGACUUCAUGAAAGCAGUCAGGAAAGUGGCUGAUUCUAAGAAGCUAGAGUCUAAACUGGACUACAAACCUGUGUAAUUUACUGUAAGGUUUUUGAAAGCUGCAUGACAGACAUUGGCUUAAUGUAAAAAUAAAGCUAAGGAAAAUAAUGUAUGUGUUGGCAACGAUCUCAUUAAAAGCUAAUGAAUAAAAAUAUGUGUAAAUAACAUCAUAAGAAGCAGUAAUUCAAUAAUUCUGCUUUUAAGAUUGGUACAGAAGAAAUUUGUAAAUGUUGCAUUUAUUGCAGCAGAAGUUAUAAGAGUAUGUUGAAGCUUUUCGUAUUUGCUGUGUGAGCAUUUUGUAAAACAUUGAAAAUGGUUUGAGAUAGUAGUACAAAAGAGCAUUUCAUAUGACUUAUUUUAUAUCAUUUGUUUUCCUUAUCCUAAAAAGUUGAAUAAAAUCUGUUUGAUUCAGUUCUCCUGCA